AUGGCAGGUUUUAUAAAAGCUUCUGAGUUAUUAAAUUCAAAAAAGGAUACUGCCAUUUUAGAUGAACUAAAAGAUAAAUUUACUCAUAUGCAAAAUGCUCAACUUACUGAAAUACACAAAGAAACUUCAAAAUCAUUUAAUUCUAAAGAAAUAUAUGAUCGUUCUU